AUGCAGUCGCUGCUACAAUACCGCCGGGCUGGUGCAGCUGCCCAGGCGCAAAUCGACAAAGACAUGGGAGCGGCGUCCUCGUCUAAAACACCAGCACAUGAGCGCUCCGUUCAAGAACCUCAUUCCGACGAAGAAAAAGGUCCUCCGGGGGAAUCAGGGCAAAUUCCAGGUCAUAUCUCAGGACCACAUGGCAAUGACGAAGCAGAGUCCUGCAGCGAAGAGUCCUCCGAUGCUGUUGGGCGCAACCAGUCAUUACGGACAACGCGGACCCAGUAUUCUGAAGGGACCGCUCUCGGCCGGGUGUUGACCGGUAUCCACGUCCGAGACCGCACAGCCCAGGAGGGCCACGGAGGCCGGGUCUUCGUUGUCGGGUGGGCGGGACCGGAUGACCCCUUGGACCCUCACAACUGGCCCGUGAUAAAACGCAUUGGUGUGACGCUGCAAAUCUCGGUGAUCGCCCUCUUUGUUGGAGCGGCGUCGGGUAUCGAUGCCACGGUGCUACCCCAAGCUGCGGUUGACUUUGGCGUCAGUGAGGUUGCAGAAUCGCUGGCUACAGGCCUCUACUUGGUAGGCAUGGGUCUCGGGUCCCUCGUUGCAGGGCCCUUUUCCGAGACAUUUGGACGCAACGCUGUCUACACCGUCUCCAUGGCAGUCUUCAUGAUCUGGAUUAUGGCGUCGGGACUGGCACCAAACUUUGGUGCUCAAAUAGUUUUCCGGUUUCUUGCCGGCUGCUCCGCUUCGACACCACUUGUUUGCUCAGGCGGCUCAAUCGCCGACAUGUACAACCGCCUAGAGAAGACGUGGAGCUUCCCCCUCUACGCCAUUACCUGCUUCGGCGGUCCGAUGAUCGGUGCAGUCAUGGGAGCGUACAUAGGUCCGUCAUCAGCUGUUAGCUGGCGCUGGACAGAAUGGACCAUGCUUAUUGCCUCUGGGCUGGUUCUCGUCCUCGUCUUGCUCUGUAUGCCUGAGACCUACGGUCCGCUACUCCUGCAGUGGAAGGCUGCACAUUAUCGGAGGAUCACGGGCGACAACCGAUUUCGGUCGGAACACGAGAUUGUUGAUGCAACUUUGUUCAGCCGGUUGAAGACUAGCAUGACACGGCCAUUUCUCAUGCUGACGGAGCCUAUCAUCAUCGCCAUGACGCUCUACAUUACCGUCGUCUAUAUCGUGCUAUUCACGUUUCUUGUCGGUUGGCCGGAUAUCUUCGAGCGCACCUACGGUCUCAACCAGGGACUCGCUAACAUCAUCUUCGUCGCCAUGUUUAUCGGAACCCAGAUCAACUUUGCGUUUGUACCUCUUGUCUACCGAAUGACACUGAAGAGAAUUAAUCGAAACAACAGCGACGGAUCGUUUGUUCCGGAAAUCCGUCUUUGGUAUGCCAUGUUUGGAGCAGCAGUAUCUAUCCCAAUCUCGCUCUUUUGGCUUGGUUGGACCAACUUUUCCAGCAUCAGCAUCUGGUCUGCCAUCUUUGCGGUUGUCGUCUUCGGCUAUGGAGUGACCGGUAUCUUUAUAUGCGUCUAUAUGUACAUCAUCGACUCAUACGAGAUAUACUCUGCCUCGGCGCUUACGUUCGUGUCAUUGAUCAGAUACAUCGUCGCAGGGGGGAUGACUGUGGUUGGCAUUCCGUUUUAUGAGAAGAUGGGCAACCAUUACACGCUGACGAUUUUGGCGUGCAUUUCGGCUGCUCUGGCGCCAAUUCCAUAUGUGCUGUACUACUACGGUCACUUGAUUCGGGCUAAGAGCAGGUUUGCAGUAUCGGUCAGGCAAUGA